AUGCGUCGAUUUACGCCCGCGAUGGCGCCAGGGCACGAGGCGAAUGUGCCUCGUAUCCUCGUAAUCCCCAGGGGCCCAAAGGGAUUCGGUUUCAUUCUCAGAGGAGCGAAACAUGUAAAUUCCGCUAUGGAUUUCGAGCCAACGCCAUUGUCACCAGCUCUCCAAUUUUUCGAAGGUGUGGACAUGUCUGGAAUGGCGAUGAGGGCAGGACUAAGACCAGGUGACUAUUUGCUGGAAAUUGAUGGCAUUGACGUGAGGAGUGCGAGUCACGAACAAGUGGUGCACCUCAUCCAACAAGCGGGCGCUACCAUAACCCUCAAGGUGAUCACCGUCGAUCCAUCGCUUCCAAUGAGUACUGCCGCAAUGCCUUCCAGACCUCGUUCAGUUGGCAGUGGCUCGUACAUGGGUCCUCCACCACCGCCUCCUGUAAGCAUCCAUCGACUUCGUUAUCUCUUCGAGGAAGUCAAAGUCUCUACGGAUUCAACGGAGGGAAUGAGGAAUAUUACUCCCCUGGACAGCUACAUUCCAAUUAUGGCGAAACUCGUUGCGCUUCAGUGA